AUGUGGACACCGUACGAUAUAAAUUACAGACCAUUUUAUAUACUGUCAUGUGUACACGAGGGAGCAGCUGCAAUUUUAUCGGCCUGCGUAACAAGUUCAGUCGAAACUUUAGCUUUAGUAAUAAUUUUGCAACUUUGUUCGCAAUAUGAUAUUCUCAUUCAUCGACUAAAUUAUCUCUCGAAAAUUUCUGCAAUAAAUCAUCAAUUACAAUUUUCCACUCUUCAUUAUGAGGAGAAAAUUAUUAAGGACGUUGUUCAACUUCACACGCACAUGUUUUCAAUAGGGGAAAAUUUGAACAAAUUAUUUGGAUCAAUGAUUUCCGUUCAAUUUUUUUCAUCAAUGAUAAGUAUUGGUUCGGCCACGUAUCAAUUAACAAAAAUCUCUCAAGACGAUCUUAAAUAUUGGAUAUUAAUUUUUCUUCUCAUGUGUACAUUACUGCAAAUGUUUUUAUACAGUUAUUUUGGAGAAAAAAUUAGAUCCAAGGUAGUGAAAUCAACAUACACUGCAUACAAUUUAUUAAAAGGCUUUUAAAAUUUUAAAAUGUACUGAAGAAUGUAGAAGUAACGAAAAAUUGUAGUCUUUGUAGAUUUUAUUGCCACAUG